AUGGCGAAUGAACAAGAAGAGAACGCAGCACUAUGGGGUAAAUCUAGUCAGUCUUCAACAUCUGGCUCUGGACCUGAAUUGGCUCUUGAUGGAUUGUCAAACACCUAUACCCACACUACCAUUGAGACCAACCCGUGGUGGAGAAUGGAUCUACUGAAGGUGUACAGAGUGAACAGAGUCACCAUCACUAAUAGAGUGUACUUGGGUUAUAGGAUUUACGGGGCGGAGAUUCGUAUCGGGAACUUCCCUGACAUUAACAGCAACAGAAUAUGUGCUGUAAUUUCUACUCUUGCAGACGGUGCCACGGCCACUUUCUCAUGCGGUGGGAUGGAGGGACGUUAUAUGAUUGUUCAUCUUCCUGGAUAUCAGAAGAUUCUUAGUCUUAGUGAAGUUGGCGUUUAUGGGUAUUUGGCAGAGAACGCAGCACUAUGGGGUAAAUCUAGUCAGUCUUCAACUUCUGGCUAUGGACCUGAAUUGGCUCUUGAUGGAUUGUCAAACACCUAUACCCACACUACCAUUGAGACCAACCCGUGGUGGAGAAUGGAUCUACUGAAGGUGUACAGAGUGAACAGAGUCACCAUCACUAAUAGACCGUACUUGGGUUAUAGGAUUUACGGGGCGGAGAUUCGUAUCGGGAACUUCCCUGACAUUAACAGCAACAGAAUAUGUGCUGUAAUUUCUACUCUUGCAGACGGUGCCACGGCCACUUUCUCAUGCGGUGGGAUGGAGGGACGUUAUAUGAUUGUUCAUCUUCCUGGAUAUCAGAAGAUUCUUAGUCUUAGUGAAGUUGGCGUUUAUGGGUAUUUGGCAGGAAAUUUGGCAGUGGAUGGAGCCACUACGCAGUCAUCAACAAUUACAGGCUGGUUUGCUGAAAAGGCCAUCGACAGUAAUCGAGGUCUCCAGCAGAAUACAGCAUGCUCAUCAACCCUUAGUGAGACUAACCCAUGGUGGAGGCUGGAUCUGCGUGAUGUGUACACAAUUAGUGAAGUGGUCAUCACUAACAGAAACGACUGCUGUGCAGAACAAAUAAACGGAGCGGAGAUUCGCAUCGGGAACUCUUUGGAGAUCAACGGCAACAACAAUCCCAUAUGUGCUGUUAUUCCUGCUAUUCCAGCAGGUGAGUCCUACAGCUACUCAUGCGCUGGGAUGGAGGGACGUUACGUGAAUCUGAUCAUUCCUGGAGACAUGAAGACACUCACUCUGUGUGAGGUGGAGGUCUAUGAAGGAGUUCCAGUUUUUAAAAGAUCAUUUGUAAAGAUGCAGUUUAACUCCAGAGCUGAUUUAACUGACCCUUCAGUGACAGAAAAUGUUCUUAAACAGUUUGGAUCUGCUCUGGCUGAUAGAGGACUCACAAACAUGACUCUACGGUGGUCUCAGACCCCUCAGCGGGUGAUCCGGAAGGUGAAUGCUGGUAAACGUGAGUCUGUUCUCACAACUGUACAAUAA